AGGGCGGCGGAGCGCGGGGGACGCGCGGCCUGACUUCGGCGUCGCUGCCGGCACUCAGGGCUCCGCGCAGCCAUGGAGAGCGGAGGGCGGCCCUCGCUGGGCCAGUUCAUCCUCCUGGGCACCAGCUCGGUCGUCACCGCCGUCCUGUAUUCCGUGUACCGGCAGAAGGCCCAGGUCGCCCAAGAGCUCAAGGGAGCUAAAAGAAUCCACUUGGGUGAAGACUUAAAGAACAUUCUCUCAGAAGCCCCAGGAAAAUGUGUGCCUUAUGCUGUUAUUGAAGGGGCUGUUCGAUCUGUUAAAGAAACGCUUAACAGCCAGUUCGUGGAAAAUUGCAAGGGUGUGAUUCAGCGGCUGACACUGCAGGAGCACAAGAUGGUGUGGAAUCGGACAACCCACCUCUGGAACGACUGCUCAAAGAUCAUUCACCAGAGGACCAACACAGUGCCCUUCGACCUGGUCCCCCACGAGGACAGCGUGGCCGUGGCCGUGCGAGUGCUGAAGCCGCUGGACUCCCACGAUCUGGGCCUGGAGACCGUGUACGAGAAGUUCCACCCCUCCGUCCAGUCCUUCACCGACGUCAUCGGCCACUACAUCAGCGGCGAGCGGCCCAAAGGCAUCCAGGAGACAGAGGAGAUGCUGAAGGUGGGCGCCACGCUCACGGGCGUAGGCGAGCUGGUUCUGGACAGCAGCUCCGUGCGCCUGCAGCCCCCCAAGCAGGGCAUGCGGUACUACCUCAGCAGCCAGGACUUCGACGGCCUGCUGCAGAGGCAGGAGGCCAGCGUCCGACUCUGGAAGGUCCUGACGCUGGUCUUCGGCUUCGCCAGCUGCGCCGCCCUCUGCUUCAUCCUCCGCAAGCGCUACCUGCAGCGACAGGAGAGGCAGCGCCUCAGGCAGAUGGAGAAGGAGUUCCAGGAGCACGAGGCCCGGCUGCUGAGCGGCGCCAAGCCCGAGGACAGGGAGAGUCUGAAGAGCGCCUGUGUCGUGUGUCUGAGCAGCUUCAAGUCCUGCGUCUUCCUGGAGUGCGGGCACGUGUGUUCCUGCACCGAGUGCUACCGCGCCUUGCCCGAGCCCAAGCGCUGCCCCGUCUGCAGACAGGAGAUCGCCCGGGUGAUUCCCUUGUACAACAGCUAACCGGCGGAGGGCCGCUCGGCUGGCUGAGGCGCCCCCAAGCCCCACCUCAGGAAUUUGUGUCUUGAGGCCCAGCUGUCAUCCCAGCUCCGACUGAGGGAGCGGACUGGGGGAGCCAUCCGGCCUCACAGCCCCAACACUAGGAUGUUGCCUUGCCACCGAGAGAGGGGACUCCUCCGCCACUGGCUGAGACUCACGGCCCCACCCUGGGGUGGGUGUGGUGGCCUUGCCUUCCUGGAACCGGCGGAGUGUGUGUGUGUGUGUGUGUGUGUGUGCGCGCGUGCACGUGUGUGCGCGCGUGUGUGUGUGUGUGACGGCACCUCAUUGCUUGAGGGCCCAAGCCCGUGAUCUCCAGCUCUUCUGGUCCUUUCUGGGGAAUUGCUGGUUCCUGUGGUCUUGCACCUUGAGUGACUCAGCCAGCAGGGAGGCGAAGUCAGGCUCUGGGUGUGGUGUGUGCCCCACGGAGCUGUCUGAAGAGUCACCUCUGACGAGACUGUCACAGUCUUUCUUCCUUUUGCUUACACCCCAGGAAAAAGGCCAGGCUGGAUGUGGGAACUGUGUCCCUUUCCCCUCACCUCCUUACCUCUUAAUGUGGGCACAUGUGUGUCGGGACAAAAGGAAGCGACGCCCGCCAUCCGCCUUCUGCCUAAAAGCUGGGAACUCUGGUCAGCAGGCUGAAGGGCGGCCACUUGAGGGGACAGUCGGGCUGUCCUGUCGUCCCCAGUGGUGAAGGUGGCAGCUUGGCUGCAGCCCUCCUGGUGUCUCCGGGACCGGAGCACACCGCUGGCCCUGGCUGGGAGCGCGAGAGGCCCGAGGCCCGAGGGCUGGCUCUGGCUUUCUCUGCCUGGGGUUGGCCCGAGAGGCCUCACCACCUGAACGAAGCAAUAAGGCUGCUGCUGCCCCAGCCUCCUGGCCCUGUCAGCCUCCCUCCUGGGCUGUCACGGAGGCAAAGUCGCCAGCCAGCACCCUGAGCGCAGAGCCUCUUCCGGAGUCCUGCCUCCUCACAUUGAGAAGUUAGCAUCCCGUGGGUGGAGUCACAUUGCCCCUUCCUGGGUUGCUGUUCACCCCCUCAUGUGCCCCCCCCCGAGUUUGUGGAAAGAAGUGGGGGAACCCCUUUCACCUCCUCCGGCUAGUCGGAGGUCUCUCUCCCUUCCCUGGCUUUGAAUAUUCAUCCGCUGUCCUCUUUUGUGUGGGGGAGGUGGGUGCUCUCCGGGGGCUGACACCCGUUCUAUGCAGGGUCCUGUGUGGACAGCACAAAUUAAACAUGUUACAACCAAG